AUGGCCAUGGGUGAAAAGCCCCAGUUGGCUCUCAUCUCUCCCGCAGCGUCUGCUCGCAUGGCCGUCGCCGAGAGUCUGCUCAACCUCGGCGCUGCUGACAUCCUGGGCCGCCUCGAUCGUGUGAAGCUGUCAGCCAACUGGAUGGCCGCCGUCAACCACCCUGGCGAAGGUGCCGGUCUCUACGAGGCCGUCCAAGCCAUUGGUAUGGAGCUGUGCCCUCAGCUCAAGAUCUCUAUCCCCGUCGGCAAGGACUCUACCUCCAUGAAGGCCUCGUGGAAGGACCGCGAGUCCGGCGAGGCAAAGAGCGUUACGGCACCCAUGUCCGUCAUCAUCACGGCCGUCACCGUCGUCGAGGACGUCCGCAACACAUGGACCCCUCAGCUGCGCCGUGUCGAAGACGUCGGUGAGACGAUCCUCAUCUACGUCGACCUCGCCGAGGCCAAGAAGGCCAUGGGCGGCUCCGCCCUGGCACAAUCAUUGGGACAGAUGGGCAACGAGGCACCGGACGUCAACUACACAAGAGCGGCGUGGUUCUUGCCUACCACGACGUCUCGGACGGCGGUCUCCUGA